AGAAAUUUGGCGAUGGCUUUAUGGUCAAUGAGUCAAACCCAAGAUCGAAUAACAGCUGUUGGAUCGAUUUGCUGAGAAUAAUUUUGAACCCUUUGUUGGCUACACCGCCAGAUAAUUUCUUCAGAAUUUUCUUCUCACAAUCCCAUCCCAACGCCGAGUUUUCCUAAAGACCCUUUUCCCAGGCCAGUUUUGCAACUGGCUAACACUCAUCUGAGCCCUUCAAUCUCUCCAAAACUGGGAAUAAACCGAUAGCAUCAGAGCCAAUUCUCGAAACCCAGUUACGUUUCAUCCAUGGCCGACCAUCCUGAUGAUUUACACGAACUUCUAGAUAGUGCUUUGGAUGAUUUUCAGAAAUUCGACCUUAAUCCUUCCCUUUCGAGAAAUGGAGAUGGGGCGGAGAGUAGAGCGGUUCUUCCUUCUGGGGUUCAAGGUUUAGGGAUGGGUUUGCCUGACUUGAGGAGCAAGAAAAAGGGGAAGCAAAAAGUUUCAAAGGAAUCCCAUGUUUCUGAAGCUCUUGAUAAGCUCAGAGAGCAGACCAGAGAGGCGGUUAAGGGGCUUGAAUCAGUGUCAGGUCCUAAACCUGGUGAAGAUGCUUUGAUGGAGGAUUGGGUGAAGCAGUUCGAGGAGAUGGCUGGCUCUCAGGACAUGGAAUCCAUUGUUGAGACCAUGAUGCAACAACUUUUAUCCAAAGAGAUUCUCCAUGAACCAAUGAAGGAAAUAGGAGAACGAUAUCCCAAGUGGUUGGAGGAUCAUAAAGCAAGUUUGAGCAAAGAAGAAUACGAACGCUAUUCUCAGCAAUACAACCUGAUAAAAGAUCUCAACAUUGUGUACGAACGUGAACCUGAUAACUUCAAUAAAAUUGUGGAGCUCAUGCAGAAAAUGCAAGAAUGUGGCCAGCCACCCAAUGAUAUUGUGCAAGAGCUGGCACCUGAUUUCGAUUUGUCUAAUCUUGCACAACUAUCUCCAGAAAUGUUAGAGUCGCAGCCGAAUUGUUGUAUAAUGUGAGGUUUAUUGUAGUGUCAAGAAAUUAUCCUCUCCAUGUUUGCUGCACCCUUCGGUUUGAAUCAUGCACUUUUCUCUCCAUACACGCAGUAAUUUUGUAGUAUUCGACAUGGUUUCGUCCUAGUUCAUUUUCCUGUGCUUUGACUUGGAUUAUGUAGUGGAAGUGGCACAACACCUUGUGGAGCCUUUGAAUGGAACUGAAUAUUCUGCUUCGUCCUCGUAGUCCAAACUCAAAGUAUACUUUUUUUUUAAUCUUAUUUUCUCUAAAUGAUGAUAAUUAUAAUGAUAAGAGGCCAUGAUGAAGGUUUGAUUUCUGUUCCA